AUGGACCACCAGGAUAAAGUCAUAGAGGAGAUGGGUCGAGCCGUCCAGGUAAUGGUGACAAAGGUGUCUGAGCUGACCCUGCACACGCAACAUCACCUCCCACUACACCUCCCACACCAUCUACAUCACCAGAGAGCGCUUUCUAGUCUUGACCACAUCUCCCGAUCCCCGAGAAAUAUGCUGGCUGCCCUCUGGGGGAUGGCAGUGUGGGAGAACUGUGACGACUGUUGGUCUUCGUUCUCCAAUCUUUCUGAGGAGAUGAAGAGGGUCUUCGAUCGCUCCGUCGCCGCGAGACCCCUCUCCGAUCUCCACCAAGAGGAGAGGUCUGUUUCUGACUAUGCCAUCGAGUUUCGCACCCUUGCGGCGGAGUGUAAAUGGAACGAACAAGCGCAGUGGGACCAUUUCCUGAAUAGGCUGGCUGACGCAUCCAACGGGAGAUUGACGUCAUCGACCUACCUACCUCUCUCAAUGUCAGUGAUGGAGGGAGAUUCUGUUACUAUUCACACUGAUAUUACUGAAAUACAGACAGAUGAUGUGAUUGAGUGGAUGUUUGGUGUUGAGAGUCCAGAUAAGAUUAUUGCUGAAUAUAACAAAGAAGCAAACACAACAUCAUUUGAUGAUGAAAGAUUCAAGAAUCAUUUAUAUGUGAAUCAUCAGACUGGAGAUCUCAUCAUCACAAACAUCACAAACAAACACACUGGACUUUAUAAAGUAGAGAUUACCAGAAAAACCUCUGUUGUCAUCAGACACUUCAAUCUUACUGUCAAUGCUCGUCUACCCGUUCCUGUCAUCAGCAGUAACUCAUCACAAUGUUCAUUAUCAUCAAGAUGUGUGUUGUUGUGUUCAGUGUUGAAUGUGAGAGAUGUGAGUCUGUCCUGGUAUAAAGGAAACAGUUUAUUGUCCAUCAUCAGUGUGUCUGAUCUCAACAUCAGACUCUCUCUUCAUCUGGAGGUUGAAUAUCAGGAUACAAACACAUACAGAUGUGUACUCAACAAUACCAUCACAAAACAAACUCAACAUCUCAACAACAUCAAGAAUCUCUGUCAGAUGUGUUCAGCUGAUGUUUACUGCUGUUGUGGUUUUACUGAAGUUGUGAUCCAAUUGGUCGUCUCUGCUUUGGUGGGCGUGGCUGCUGUUGCUUUUUUGAUUUAUGACAUCAGAUCCAGAUGA